GGUUAAGUUAGCUAGCCCACGAUGGGAAAAGGCUGUAAAGUUGUGGUCUGCGGCUUGGCAUCGGUGGGGAAAACGGCAAUUCUCGAACAGCUUCUCUACGGCAAUCACACUGUGGGCUCUGAAUCGAAUGAAACCCAAGAAGAUGUCUAUGUCGCUUCUGUGGAAACGGACCGCGGUGUGAGGGAACAAUUACGUCUGUACGACACCAGGGGGCUCCAUGACGGCCUUGAUUUACCAAAGCACUAUUUCUCUGUUGCGGAUGGAUUUGUCCUGGUGUACAGUGUCGACAGUUUGGAGUCGUUCAAGAAAGUUGAUGUUCUGAAGAAGGAAAUAGAUAAAUCGAGAGAUAAGAAAGAGGUGACGGUCAUCGUCCUGGGAAACAAGGCGGACCUGCGUGACCGUCGACAGGUGGAUCAGGAGGUGGCCCAGCAGUGGGCGAGGGGGGAGAAGGUGAAGCUUUGGGAGGUUAGCGUUGCGGAGCGCAGCAGCCUGAUCGAACCUUUCACCACCCUCACCAGCCGCCUGACGCAACCCCCCAGCAAGUCUGCCUUCCCCCUCCCCGGGCGCAAGAGCAAGGGGACACCCUCCAACGACAUCUGA